AUGGAUAAGAAGAGUAUUAUAGAUGACCAUCAGGUCUCAAAAGAAGAGCCCGGUCAUGGAACAGUGACCUAUCAAGAGACCCAGCGUGGUCUCUCUUCUAGACAAGUGCAGUUGAUGGCGAUCGGUGGCUCUAUCGGAACCGGUCUGUUCGUGGGUAUAGGGUCAUAUCUGCGCGAUACAGGUCCUUUGUCUGUGUUUUUGGGCUACAUGUUCUAUGGGCUUCUGUUCGUCUGGCCUGUCAAUCUUUGUGUUGGAGAGAUGUGUGCGUACUUGCCGAUUCGAGGUUCUAUCUUCGAGCUGGCGGCUAGAUACGUCGAUCCUGCGUUUGGAUUUGCAAUGGGCUGGGUCUAUUUCUAUGGCGGCUUAAUGCUUGUUUGUACAGAAUACUCUGCUGUGGCCACUGUGAUGGGAUACUGGACCACUAGUGUCAACCCUGCGGCUUGGGUCGCCAUGGCGCUGGUUGUUUGCUUCCUGCUCAAUAUCGUCGCGGUGAAGUUUUACGGAGAGAGCGAGUUCAUCAUGGCCUCCACCAAAGUUCUCCUGUUGAUCGGUCUUGUUAUGCUCACCUUCAUUACCAUGGUCGGCGGUAAUCCGAAACACGAUGUUUAUGGAUUCCGGAACUGGACUCAUGGGGUGAUGUACGAAUAUUAUACCGACGGCCCGACGGGACGAUUUCUCGGGCUUUUUUCCGUCAUGGUCUAUGCAGCGUUCUCAGUGGCAGGCCCCGAUCUACCAGCCUUAGCAGCAGGAGAGAUCCAGAAUCCACGCUGGACCAUCCCGCGUGUUGUCAAAAUGACCUUUUACCGAAUUGUAGGCUUCUACGUGGUCGGAGUCCUGGCAGUGGGUAUCAUCUGCUCGCCACAAGACCCUCAUCUCCUAUCUGCCAUCGACUCAGGCGCAGCCGGAUCGAAUGCGUCUCCCUGGGUCAUCGGGAUCCAGAACCUGGGCAUCCACGGGCUCCCAGACCUGAUCAACGUAUUGAUUCUCCUCUCAGGGUGGUCCUGCGGCAACGCCUAUGUCUACAGUUCCAGUCGCACGCUCUAUUCGCUCGCACGAGACGGCCAGGCCCCGAAAUUCCUCCUCAAGUGCAAUUCAGCCGGCGUCCCAAUCUACUGCGUCAUCACCGUCUCGUUUCUCUCCUGCAUCUCCUUCCUCGUCGCGGACACCUCCGCCGUCACCGUUCUCUACUGGUUCAUCGACCUGACCACCUGCGCCUUGAUCAUCACCUACACCAGCAUGGUCUGCGUCUUCCUAGGCUGGUACCGCGCCCUCAAGGCCCAAGGAGUCGACCGAAAGACGGCACUGCCCUGGGCCGCGCCCUGCCAGCCAUACUUUGCCAUCGGGGCCGUGACGAUCGGCAGUCUGAUCACGCUGUUCAACGGGUUCAACGUGUUCUCGCCGUUCAGCGUCCAGGGGUUCAUCACCUCAUACUUCGGGCUGGCGUUCUUCGUCGUCAUGUUCUUGUUCUGGAAGUUGUACCACAAGACGAAGUUUGUCGAUCCCGCGACGGCAGACAUCUACAGCGGAAAAGCUGAGAUUGACGCCGAGUGUCGGAUCUGGGAGGAGGGCGGGUUUGAAGAGCGACGCAAGGCCGAGCUGGCAGAGAUGCACUGGGCUAGACGGAUGUGGGAGAAGAUGUGGUGA